AGGACAAAGCAAGGAUGAGCGAGCAGCCGCAGCAGCGAGCAACCGACUGGAAGUCGGCCCGGGACAAGCGCCGAGAUCGGAAGUCCUGUCUGUAUCGUCCGAGCUGGUCACCUGAAAACAUCAAAAUGGACUUUGCUGCCAACACGAGAGGAACAGGAAGAUGAUCCCGACAGCAUCUUAAAAGGUUCUGAACUGUCCCCAACGAUGGCUACGAAUAAGAAAGAAAUUCAAAUCGCCCAAACUUUGAUCAACACUCGGCUUCCUCAAUUACACUGACUGCUGAAACCACGGAAAAGGCAAACGAGCUGAUUUCGGCUCUGAACUCCGCCGAUACCAAGGCCGAAAAAAUAGCUACUAAUGUCCUAUCCAUGAUUCUCAUUGUCUUGGAGCUUUUUAACGAGACGUCUGUAGCCAACGUAAGGCUUGUGUUGGUUCAGCUGGCGGUCGUCGCGAAAUCCAUCACAAGCAUAGUUUUUGAUGACAAUUCCACAGACCAGAAGUGCACAGAGAUCGGUUGUGACCGGAAGGCAACAUUUAAAUCUUCUUGCCACGACAACCCCUAUUGCAGGUUCUGCCUAUUUGGAAAAUCAAUAUUAAUUUGCCCGGUAGCCCUGUGUGGAUGGACAGGAAAAACGGCGUAUCCUUUCAUGGCGAAACAGCCUCUAAAUCAGCAUUCAGCCAUCAGAUGGCAAUAAAGGAGUUGUUGACCCUCUCGGAGAGAGUUUCGACCAUGUGGCACAUGUGGCAAAAACUCUUUUUGACUGUAAUCUUACCCCUCACCCCGAUCUCACCAAAGGUUCUUGAAAAGACGGAAUUACUCUAUGGGGCCUUAUUUAACAAAGAAGUGAGAUCGGCUGCUGGACAGUUGGACGCCUUUGGCUUUAUUGUGCUUAUUUUGAACCUGUACAAGACAAAAAAGGUCAACAGUUACAAGGAUCAGCAGUUACUCCUACUGCAUUUAUCAGAAUUAAGCGACGAGCUCAAUAGCUUUCUCUUUGGCUCAAAGAAAAUGUGCUACAGAUGCCCGACUAAGAGGGAUUUGGGCAAGCGAAUUGCGGUCACGACACUUUUCUGUGUGAUAGCUGCUGCGAGCUUCCAGACAACCGUUGCAACCAAUGCAACUGGAGCGACGGCCAUUUCGUGCAGAUUCAGUAGGUUUUUUUCUUGGCCGCAAAGGGCAGUGCUUACUUUUAAAGUUUUUACAAAUUUUUGUCUCCGCGGCGUCUUUCGCCAGACGGCACACAUUUACCCCCCAAAUUUUUUUGUUUCUGAAGCCACGUCUGUAAACUACACCCGUUGAUUCUCUUCUCGUUUUCCUGCAAACAGCUACACAAUGUAAUUUUGUUCUUCAUUUAUCCAAUCUAUUGUUGAUUGCAUAGUUGGGUGCGAGAAUUUUGCUCUCGCGCUGUCAGUGGCAACAGUGCGCUCGCAUUCGAGCUCGAGAUUUUGAUGUUUGCACUCGCACUCUGUUCUAACGCUCUGCACCUGUUUUCCCAGCAUUUCUAGAAUUUUCCGGGCAUUUUUUUAAAAAAAUUGCAGAAAUUAAUUUAACAACGGUAUCAAUAAAUAAUAAAUUCUUUUUAAUAAAUUUUCUGUGAUAAAUUUGCUUAUAUGUAUUAAACUUAAAAUUUUUGUGAGGAAUUUUGUUAUUUUGUGCUUAAGUUGCAAGUUAUGAUCGCUCGCUGAGCGCAUUUUUGAGCGGAAUGAGUGCAUGUACUCACUGACGGUUGCACUCUCGCUCGGAGUUUGCAAGUCCCUGCACUCGUGCUCUGCCCAAGUAUGGUUGAUUGUAUAUUGGUGUUAUUUUGGUCAUUGAUUAUUAUUCCAAGCAGUAGCUGUCCUUAUAAAUAAAUCAAGAUUGA